AUGGGCGCCGCAGUCGACAAGUCUGGCGUCGCACAGAAGGCGUUGCGUUUCUACCGCAGCUGCAUGACCAGAACUGACAGGACUCAAGGUGACGCGGACGUCUUCGUCGCGUUUAUCCGGUCGCUUGGCUUGACCUGGCCCGAUAUGCCUCCGGGCAGCGUCAGCGCCAUGGGCACCAUAUUAGAACUGAACUACAGGCUGGCCUUGCCUCUUUGGUUCUCGCUCAGAGUCGUUCGUAGCGCCGCACAAAGCGGACGUCGCAGAUUAGUGCUCAAACCGUGCUGCCUAGGUCGGUUGAAGUUCAUCAUGUGGCGAAACCGGCAGACAGUCGAUAAGGGCCGCUACUUCGACUAUUGGGUGGCACACUUCGAGGCCCUGUUAGGGAGGAAGUCGCUCCCUAGAGAUCGCAACGAAGUCAAUGAUCUCGCCAGAGAAGAGGUACAGAUAACGGACAAGCUUGUGAAGCUUUCAGAUGUCUUCCCGAGCGUGCCACUUUUGCUUCAUUUCUCGGAUAUCGGCAGUCACACCAAGCAUGUAUCCUCGGACGAGUGGCUUACCCAGGUAAACAAAUAUAUCGCUGGCAGCGGGGGAGACCACGCGUUCACACCUGAAGAUGAAGUCCUCACUAGUGACGAAUCGGUGCUUUCAACCAUCGACGACUUGUUCAGCCACUACGCCAGGGAGAAACUCGUCGACCACUUGUCCUGGCAGCUCGUCCAAAUACACGCGUGGGUUGUCGACAGCACUUUGCUGGAGAUGUGGGGGCCGAAUUACUGGCACAUUUACGAGCCGAUUCUCUGCGCCAGGGAAACGGAGGGCGUCUACAGGCCCGCAAUCGCAGCGCUGUACGUUGGGCAGCGCGCGACACCUCAGGAGCGCAGCGAACUCGACGCUAACUUUACCGAUAUCAAGGACAUGGCCACUAAAAUGAUCGCCUCCUCCUCGUGGAUUGAUCAAGCGAGCAAGGAUGUCGCCAUCAAAAAACUUAGCGCAAUGUCAGUGGGUCUCUGGCCGCCUGAGCCCUUCUUCGGCCAAAGCGAGCUAGAAACCAUGUACGCUAACUUUCCCAAUGAGAACGCAACUACUACUUCGUGGGUGAGACUGUGGACCAGCACGCAGGAGCUGAUGCUAAGCCUCGCCGGCACUCCGCUUCAUGACGCCACGAUGAACAUGCGAUCCGCGUUGUUCCCUGUCCUAUUCGACUACGACUAUCUAGCGAACAGGGUCGACGUAGCCGUGAGCGCCCUCGAAAAGCCUCUGUAUUGUCCGCAAGGGACGCCGGGAAUGUAUUACGGGAGCCUGGCGUUUGCGUUUGCCCUUGCGAUGAUGAAGAUGCAGGAUCUGACCGGCAUAAAGUUGUACUCGAACGGAGGACUUGUUGAAGCCGGACGCUGGUCAUGGCUUUCGGACAGCACGGCGAAGGUCUACAAGCAAAAGAUCGAAUGUCUGGGCGAGGAGCCCAUCAGCUUGUCCGAUAUCGCAGCAUUCGAGGUUGUCCAGGCGGCAUUUUCUAGAGGGAUGUCCGAUUCCACGUCGCUCAUGCAGAUCAGCCGCGAAAUUGACGAGAAGAGGACAUUUUUCAUGGCUAUCUGUCUGCACAGUUGCUCAGUGGAGAAUCGUCGUUCGCCCACCACGAAUUGCAACGCACUGAUGCGGCAUUCGCGGGACUUUUCGGAAGUGUUUCACUGCAAGGUUGGUUCUCGCAUGAACCCUUUCAGCAAGUGCUCGUUCUUUAGGUAG